GUGUUAAAUAGAAGGCAAACACACACACCCACACACACAUACACUGUAAAAUGAAGGUGUCAAUGAAGUUAACCAGUGACAAAAAUUGUCAAUAUUUGACAAAGAAUGAAAAAAAAACAAACAAACAAAAGUUUCAUGAUGAUAAUCUACUAGUUUCAUUUGAAAAUCGAAAAAAAUGGACGGUUAUAACUGGUCAAAUUAUCUGGUUACGGUUAUUUUAGUUUUGAAUUUAUAACAACAUGUACGUAUCAUCGUGGUAUAUUGUGGUAAUAUUAUUCAUCCUAUUGGAUCUGAUUCUUACUACUCGAUCGGUCCAAAUAUCUCAAGAUCGACGAAACAAUGACAACAACAACAUCAAUAAUAGCAGCAUUAUAUUACGUCGUAGACAAAGUAAUGAUUUACCAUCAUCAUCAAUGGUCAUCGGUGGUGACCAUACAGCUGUAUCCAUUAAUCGUAUCGAUUUAGUUUUAUUGAUUUCCAAUCAAAAUGAAUUGCCCAUUUCAUAUGAAAUACUUAAACCAACAUUGGAAAUGGCCAUACAAGAUGCAGCAAAAAAAUAUCCACAUUUACAAUUCUAUCUAAAUCCAGUAUAUGAUGAUAAUAUCUGUCAAAGUAAUGUUUUAGGUGCAUUAGCAGCUGAAAAAUAUUAUACCGGACAUGUAAGCGCUUUUAUUGGUCCAAUCUGUUCAUUGGCAUUGGAUCCAGUUUCACGUAUGGCUUCAUAUUGGAAUGUACCAGUAUUCACUGCUGGUGGUAUAAGCUAUGAAUUUUCUUAUAAAAAAAUUUUCACCACACUAACCAGAAUUUCAUUUUCAUUGGAUCGUGUAUCACAUUUUUUCUUCAAAAUAUUUCAAGUUUAUGGAUGGCAACAUAUUUCUUUGAUUGUCGAUGAAACAGAGUUGGCCAAUAAAUUAGUCAGAAUUAGUUUGCAAUCAAUUUUCAAAGAAGCUGAAUUUGGUUAUGAAAUUUUUCUGGAAUCAAUCACAUAUGAAAGAAAAUUACCCAAUGUUACAAUCGAUUAUCAGAAAAUGUUACGGCAAGCUAGUCGUAGUGCUCGAGUAAUAAUUCUAGUCACUAAUGGUGAAAAUACCCGUGAUAUAAUGAUUGAGGCACAUUCACUUGGCAUGGGUGGUGGUGAAUACGUAUUUUUUGGAAUUGAAUUGUUAAAAACUAAUAAAGAAUCGGCUGAUUUUUCCUGGUACAAAGCUGGUGAUCGUAAAAAUAAAAUUGCCAAAGAAAUGUAUGAAUCAUUGAUGAUAAUGGCAAUUCGUGUUCCAGUUUCUCCGGAAUACACUAGUUUUGUUCACAAGGUUACGAAAUUAUCAUCCGAAGAAUUUGGCCGUAUGGCAAAUCAUGACGAUGUUAAUCCAGUUGUUGCAGCUUUUUAUGAUUGUGUUUUCAUGUAUGCUUGGGCAUAUAAUUAUACGUUAGCCAAAGGUGGCGAUGUUACCGAUGGUCGAUCAUUAAUUCGGGGAGCAUUAUGGGAUCGAACGUUUCCAGAUGCAUUAACUGGAGAUAUUUUAAUCAAUCAAAAUGGUGAUCGUGAAGUUGAUUAUACAUUAAACGAUUUAGAUCCAGAAACCGGUACGAUGAGACCAGUGGCAACAUAUUUUGGUGCUAGACGUAUAUUUGAUAAAUUUGCUGGCGUUGAGAUUCAUUGGCCCAAAGAAUAUGGUCCAGCACCAGAUGUACCCGAUUGUGGUUUUACGGGUGAUGCACCACAUUGUAUCAAACACGAAGGAUUUCCAAUAUGGGCUUCAAUUUUGAUCACAUUCUUCGUGGUUAUAUUAUUAACAUUGAUAAUAUCGUUUUUUGCUUACAAAAAAAUCAAAAUGGAACAAGAUUUAAAUGAUAAUUGGUGGCGAGUCGUGUAUGAAGAUAUCAUAUUUCCUAAUCAGGCGAAAUCAGGAGCUAAAUCAGCAUUAAGUUUAGCUUCAGAUAAUGAUGGCUAUCAAUCGGGUAAAGCAUCAUCAUUGCGAAUCGGUUCAAUUGGACAUUCAUUGCUUAGUGCAGCCGGUGAAUUGGAUACAGUUCAUGUUGGAAUCUAUAAAGGACUUAAAAUUGCAUUCAAACCAUUACAGAUAAAAAAAUUGGCCAUGAGCCGUCAAUUGUUGGUUGAAAUCAAACAGAUGCGAGAUCUUACACAUGAAAACCUUACUCGAUUUAUUGGAAUUUGUCCGGAUGAACCAAAUUAUGGUGUCGUUAAUGAACUAAUGAUUCGAGGUAGUUUACAUGAUUUAUUGGAAACGGAAAAAAUACAAAUCGAUUGGACAUUUAAAUAUUCAAUGAUGACCGAUAUUGUUGAAGGAAUGUUAUUCUUACAGAAUAGUACACUUGAAUAUCAUGGCCAUUUAAAAUCGACCAAUUGUGUUGUAGAUGGUCGUUUUAUGGUGAAAAUUACCGAUUAUGGUCUUCGUACGUUACAUGCUCAAAUAACUCGUGAACAUGAUCUUAAUUCAAAAGCUCUUUUUUGGACUGCUCCAGAGCAUUUGCGUUCUAAGGAUCCACUGAAUUCGGGUUCGAAAAAAGGCGAUAUUUAUGCAUUCGCGAUUAUAUUGCAAGAAAUUAUUACUAGAUCACCUCCAUUCGAAUCAUUGGAACGAUUGGGUAGAAAGAAAAAAACCUAUCAACCAGAUGAAAUACUUGAUAGAGUUCGAAUGGGUACAGUGCCACCAUUUAGACCAGAAGUGGCUCCAGAUGAAGCUUCAAAAGAAUUACUUACACUAAUGCAAGAAUGUUGGGAUGAACAUCCAAAUAAUCGACCGGAUUUCAUUGUUAUCAAACAAAAAUUGCGUCGUAUUACACGAGGAAUAUCAUCGAGAAAUUUCCUAGAUAAUUUAUUGAAUCGUAUGGAACAAUAUUCACAGAAUCUUGAACGAAUUGUCGAAGAAAAGACUCAAUCGGUCAUUGAAGAGAAACAGAAAACCGAAGAAUUACUUUAUCAACUACUACCACGAUUCAUUGCUGAAGAAUUGAAAAGAGGAUCACAUGUAAAGCCCGAAUCAUUCGAAUCAGUUACCAUAUUUUUUUCCGAUAUUGUUGGCUUUACAUUGCUAUCGGCCGAAUCAUCACCAUUACAAGUGGUUGAUUUAUUGAAUGAUUUAUAUACCUGUUUUGAUGCAAUCAUCGAUAUACAUGAUGUUUAUAAAGUGGAAACAAUCGGUGAUGCUUAUAUGGUUGCAUCAGGUCUUCCUAUUCGUAAUGGCAAUGAUCAUGCCAAAGAGAUUGCAAUGUUGGCAUUGAAUUUGAAAAAAGCCGUAUCUGGAUUCAAGAUUCGACAUUCGCCUAAAAAACGUUUGCAAAUUAGAAUUGGCAUUCAUAGUGGUCCAUGUGUUGCUGGCGUAGUCGGAUUAAAGAUGCCUAAAUAUUGCCUUUUUGGUGAUACAGUCAACACAGCAUCACGAAUGGAAACUCAUGGUGAACCACAAAGAAUUCAUAUUUCGGAAAAUACGAAAAAAUUAUUAGACACAUUUGGCUGUUUUACUAUUAUACCAAGAGGUGAAGUUGAAGUCAAGGGAAAAGGAGUAAUGGUUACCUAUUGGUUGGAAAGUGGUCGACGUGCUGGUGGUGUUGGUGGUGUUGGUAGUAUUGGUUCACAGCAGACAUCAUCUAUAGGAAAUCAAUCAUCGUUCAAUGAACUUGAAAAAGAUGUACCAAUACAGGAUGAAUUUCGACAAUCAGCAAAACAUCGUACUGAAUAUUCAUCAUUCAAUGAUCAUAACAAUAAUAAUACAAAUACAAAUAUACCAAUCAGUGAAUCAAUAGCUAAUAUUGAAUAAUGUUGAAUUCUUUCUCUUUCUCUCUCUCUCUCUCUCUCUCUCUCUCCCUGCACACAAUGUAUACACUUCUUUGAAUGAUGAUGAUGAUUUAAUUCUAUAAAAGACACACCCAACUUUUCUGUAGUUUUACAUGAAUGAUAACAGCGAUCGAUCGAUCGAUCGGAUAGCCAAUAUAAUUAUUGAUGAUUAUUAAGUAUAUAUGAAUAUCGAAUAAUAAUAAUUCAUAGUGUAUUUAUUUAGAUGUAUAGAUUGUUAAUAUUAUAUAUUCAAUAAAUGAAAUUGUUAUUAAUUUAUCAUAA